GUGAAUUACAUUGCCCCAGUCAACGAGGCAGUGCCUCUGUUAAUGUUGGCGGGAGCUGAGCGAUCGGUCUGGUCUUUGCUUUCCCUCCUGGGCUGGCUCAGCUCUAGGGGAUUGCAGGCAGCUAUCCCUGCCUCGGGCUGGCAGGAUGCGGGUGGCUGUGGCUGGCUGCUGCCAUGGCGAGCUGGACAAGAUCUAUGAGACGCUGGCGCUGGCGGAGCGGCGCGGCCCGGGCCCGAUAGACCUUCUGCUGUGCUGCGGCGACUUCCAGGCGGUGCGCAACGAGGCGGACCUGCGCUGCAUGGCCGUGCCACCCAAGUACCGCCACAUGCAGACCUUCUACAGGUAUUACUCUGGAGAGAAAAAGGCCCCAGUUCUCACAAUCUUCAUUGGGGGAAACCAUGAAGCCUCAAAUCACUUGCAAGAGUUACCCUACGGUGGCUGGGUGGCACCAAACAUUUAUUAUUUAGGCUUGGCAGGUAUAGUAAAAUAUCGAGGCAUAAGGAUUGGCGGCAUCUCUGGUAUCUUCAAAUCUCAUGACUAUCGAAAAGGUCAUUUUGAGUGCCCCCCUUAUAAUUCAGCAACAAUAAGGAGUAUAUAUCAUGUGAGAAACAUUGAAGUAUAUAAAUUAAAACAGCUGAAGCAGCCUAUGGACAUAUUCCUAUCUCAUGAUUGGCCAAGAAGUAUAUAUCAUUAUGGAAAUAAGAAGCAACUUCUUAAGACUAAAUCCUUUUUCCGACAAGAAGUGGAAAAUAACACCUUAGGAAGUCCCGCUGCCUCAGAGCUUUUAGAGCACUUAAAACCUACUUACUGGUUUUCUGCGCACCUUCAUGUGAAGUUUGCAGCUUUGAUGCAACAUCAGGCCAAGGAUAAAGGACAGACUGCCAAAGCAACCAAAUUUUUAGCUUUGGACAAAUGCUUACCACAUAGAGACUUUCUUCAGGUAAUAGAAAUAGAUCAUGACCCCAAUGCUCCUGAUCACUUAGAGUAUGAUAUUGAAUGGCUCACCAUUCUCAGGGCUACUAACAGUCUUAUUAAUGUGACUGGGCGCCUGUGGAAUAUGCCUGAAAAUAAUGGCCUGCAUACAAGAUGGGAUUAUAGUGCAACAGAAGAAGCUAUGAAUGAAGUAUUGGAAAAAUUGAAUCAUGACCUCAAAGUUCCGUAUAAUUUUAGUGUGACGGCUGCUUGUUAUGACCCAAACAAGCCACAGACACAAAUGCAGUUGGUUCAUAGGAUCAAUCCUCAGACUACUGAAUUUUGUGCCAAACUUGGAAUCACAGACAUUAAUGUCAGCCUUCAGAAGGCCAAGGAGGAACAUCACUUGUGUGGUGAAUAUGAAGAGCAGGAUGAAGGGGAGAGUAAUGACUCUGGGGAAGAUCCCAGUGAAUAUAACACAGACACAUCUGCCUUGUCCUUUGUUAAUCCAGAUGAAAUAAUGUUAGAUGAAGAGGAAGAGGAUGAAGAUAGUUUUGUGAGUGCACACAGUGACAUAAAUACAGCAUCUGUAGAACCUUCUUCUGAUCAAGCUUCUGAUUUUUCUGCAAGCUUCUCUGAUGUCAGGAUCCUGCCAGGUUCCAUGUUUGUAUCUUCUGAUGAUACACUGAGUUCGCCAAUUGGUAGAGAGGGGAAACCUGGUGAGGCUGUGGAGUUGGGAGAUGGGAAGGACUUAACCGAAGUGCCCGUGAAGAGGAUGAGUGAUGAACAUGAACCUGAACAAAGAAAGAAAAUUAAGAGGAGGAAUCAAGCCAUCUACGCUGCAGUGGAUGAUGAUGAUGCAGCAUAAGACAAUUCACUUGUCUUAGUAUAUAUGUAGAUAUGUGAUUUUUAAGACCAUAUUUUUAGAGUUGGAUUUUUUACUCAAGACUUAACUUUUUAAUAAUGAAAUUACCCAGAGAAUUUUAGUUAGGUAUCAUUGACUUUGCCUUUAGGCCUUUGUAUGUUUCAGAUACAAACAUUAAAAUUUCAUAUAUUUACCCGA